AUGGAUAAUGAUGAAAAGGUCUUACUAUUCUUCUCAUUAACAAACUCAUCAGAUCCUGAAGAGGCUUUGUUAUUGUUAGAGCAAAAUGGAUGGGACCUGGAUGCGAGUGUAAAUCAUUACUUUGCGAUACAUGAUACAGGCAAUGAUAGUGAUAACUCAACCAGUGGUCAUUCGAGGAAGGAUAGUGGAGGUGGCAGUGGAAGUAGUAGCAGCACUAAUACAGGUGGGAUGAUGGAUCAUGGUUAUGACGAAGAGAAUGUUCGAGCACCAAUCCCUGCCAUGCUUGACACAAUGAUCGACCCCUCACAGAUUGCCAACUACAUACCAGGCAUACCCAUCAACAGAGUGCGAGGUCCCAAUGGAAACAAUGUAUUCGAAGCAUUCAGAGACUUUACCUCAGAGGGCAAGAUUGGACCCCUGCCCAACACAAUGAAACAGACACCUAAACAACAGGCAUUGGCUAAGCUGUAUGAACCACCUUAUGAUGUACUGUCGUUUGGUACUUUUGCGCAGGUCAAGCAACUGGCCGAACAGGCAAAGUUGUACCUACUGGUGAAUAUACAGGAUGUGACCAACUUUGACUGUCAGAUAUUGAACAGAGACACAUGGUCGGACAAAGGACUCAAGUCCUACAUCAAGGAUCACUUCAUCUUCUGGCAGGUCAAUCACAACAAUCCCGAGGGUGAUAUGUACUGCACUCUGUAUCCAGUCACCUCUUAUCCUCACGUCUCCAUCAUUGACCCUACAACUGGAAUGAAGAAGGAUAUGCAUGAAGGUUACUUCAACUCUGACGAUGCUUAUAAGUUCCGUAAAGUGUCAUCCGUCUAUCAUAUCGCGUCAAUCUCGCGCGCGUCGACCCUAACACCUACCCUCUCUAUUCUAGUGCAACACUUUAUUAUCUCACAACAGGGACACAGCCAACCGGAGUCGAAUAAGAAGGCAAGGAAGUAUACAUCAGAGGAGGAGGAGUUGGAGAUGGCCAUCCAACUAUCACUCGCUGGUGCAAACAAUGGUUCAACAUCAUCAGCAACAUCAUCAACAACAACUGCAGGCAAUCAACAACAAAAGUCAACCUCAUCAUCAUCAAAAACAAAGACAAAGGAUAAUGAAGAUGAUGAUGAUGACGAAGAUGAUGACGACGACAUUGAUGAAGAUGAUGAGGACGAAGAUGAUGAACCACUGGAAGACGACGAUGAUAUGGCAUUGGAGGCCUACGAGAAGAAGCCCGUCGAGUUGCCCAAGACCACAAUCCCAGACACAAUUGGAACAGUUGGCGAUUGUAUCAUUCAGAUCCGUCUACCUGGCGGCGACGUGCUCAAGGGCAACUUCAACGCAAGUGACAAGAUACAGAACAUUUACUACUUUGUCACACUGAAGAAAGGCAUCAACAACUUUGUACUAUUCACGCCCUUUCCAAAGAAGGAGUUGGUAGGCGACGUGCUUGGACGCACUCUACAAGAGGAGGAUCUUGCGCCUCGAGCCAUACUCAACCUGCAGGAGAAAUGA